AUGGCUAUGUUGGUAGCUGUUGAUGAUGAACGUGAGCAGCACCUUAUUACUUACCCAUCAGAGCCUUUACUGCCUGAAGCCUUAAUGGAAUUAUUAUUAGAAAAAGGUGUAAAAAUUGUAGUAUUAAAGGAGUUAGAAGCAGUGUACAAAUCUGAAGACAUUUUUAAUAUAGUAUGUGCUGAGGAUGAAACUGAAUUGUUGUAUAAAAUACUUCCCAGUGUUUAUGGGUCACCUAAAAAGAGAAAUUAG